AUGGAGUUUGUUGAUCAGGACUGGACUAAAUUUGGGUUUUACUUUUUAUCAGUAGUGAUAUGUACACUUUCAACGAUCAUAUUUUUCCUCUGGAAAUCUGAUGGUGAAAUAAAUACAAAAAAGGAUAUAUUUGAAACAAUUAACUCCCCUUUACUCUCAGAAGAAAAUGUUAUUAGAUAUUCUAGACAAAUUGCAUUAAAAGAAGUUGGAGUUUCGGGCCAAGUAAAAUUAAAGAACUCAAAGGUACUAGUAAUUGGCGCAGGUGGAUUGGGUAGCCCUAUUUUACUAUACCUUUCUGGAGCUGGUGUUGGAGUUAUUGGAGUUGUUGAUCAUGACACAGUAUCAAUUAGCAACCUACAUCGCCAAAUUAUUCAUUCCACACAUAAAAAUCAUAUGAAUAAAUCAAUUAGUGCUCAGCAAUCAUGUAAUUCACUAAAUCCAAAUACCAGAAUUAUUGCAUAUCAAGAAGCUUUAUCUAUAGAUCUAGUUAAGGAAAUAUUUCCACUCUACGAUGUAAUUGUAGAUGCUACGGACAAUUGUAGGAGCAGGUAUUUAAUAAAUGAUGCAGCAGUUUACUAUGGAAAGCCGGUUGUUUCUGGUGCUGCAUUAAAGUGGCAAGGACACGUUACUGUAUAUAAUUAUUCUAAUGGGCCUUGCUAUAGAUGCAUUGCACCUAGAGAAGAUAAUGGAAAAGUUGAUGGUACUCCCGGAGGUGCAGAAACGUUUGGUGUAUCAGGAACUGUUGUAGGCAUAAUUGGGUGUUUACAAUCCACCGAGGUCAUCAAAGUAAUUCUUAACGAUUUUGGAAAGGGAGGGAAUAAUGGAGCAGAUGUUCGCAAUCACCUUCCAGUCUUAUCUGGGAAAAUGCUUUUUUAUAACUCAUUAAGUAGUGAAAAUAUGGUACGUCUUGUCAAAAUUAGAGAUAAAAGCAGUGACUGCAAAACAUGUGGAAGUGACCCUGUUCUAUUUUUCAAGGCUGAUGUCGAUAGUUAUAAGGUAUAUAAAGGAAUGGAGAUGGCUCAAGAUUCGUUCUUCCCAAUUCCAAGUUCUAAGAUUCUCAGCCCUUAUAAUUUUGAAGAAAAAAUCAAUUUCGCAAGGAAUUCAAACUUAAAAAUCAAAAUUUUUGAUGUAAGGCCAAAGAACCUUUAUGAUAUUUCGCAUAUUAAAGGGUCAAAAAAUUUAUUAGAGGAUGAAGUUAUUAAAGGGAUUGCAAAUCUGGGAGUUCAUACUAACUCUAAAACUGGCGAAAUUAUCGAAUGGCCAGAAGGCAAAAAUGAUCAAAUCAAAAAUUUCCUGGUGGAAUACUUACAAAUCGAUCAAGAUUGCAUUAUUUUGUUCUUAUGCUUAAAUGGGGUUAGGUCCUAUUAUAUUUCUACUGUUAUUCAACAGUGUUUUGAAAGGCUAAAUAUGCAAGUAUCAAACUACUACUUAAAUGGAGGAAUUGCAUCUAUCAGAAGCAAAUUGCUCAAAAACUUCCCAAAUAUAUAA